AUGGAACUCCCUGAUACGGACGAGGCAUCAAAUAUCGCUUCUACAUCCUUAAGUUCAGCACCAUUAAUCACCCAGAAAGCAGCCAUCACUCGCCAUGAUAUGCGACACAUUCCACAAGUGACUGGUGCUCCUUCAAGCACCCGAAACACUAAACCUGAGCAAAGAGUUAACCUGACAGACUAUGCUACACCCGUGGCAUCUGUAUCAGCGUUUUGCAAAGGGGUCAUUUACAACUUGGUACCACCCGAGUUCUUCGGAACUGGGGAGCAGGGAUGUGCCCACCGAGAGAUUAUCCUAGGCCAUGUUGAUAGAUUCAUACGGCUGCGUAGGUUCGAGAGUCUAAGCCUUGAUGAUGUCUGCAAAAGCAUAAAGAUCACACAGAUACCCUGGCUUGUCCCCCAAAGCCUCAAUUCAGCAUCUUCACAGCUCAAGAUCUCAUUAUCAGACUUGCAGAAACGCAAAGACAUCUUCUUCGAGUUCAUCUACUACCUCUUCACCUCAAUCCUUAUGCCACUUAUCCGCGGUAACUUCUAUGUAACUGAAUCCCAACUUCACCGAAACCGUCUCUUCUACUUUCGCCACGACGUCUGGCGCCGCAUUACCACACGACCACUAGCAAACCUCAAGUCUGCCAUGUUCGAGGAGCUGAAUACAGACGAAGCCAAGAAGAUCCUCAGCAACCGGAAGUUAGGAUAUGGCUCCCUGCGACUCCUUCCCAAGACAGCAGGCAUCCGUCCAAUCCUGAACCUGAAACUGCGGCCGAUCAUGACGACUACCCGAGCUGGAAGAAAGCAGCAGAAACUCGGGUAUAGUGUGAAUUCAACGAUUGCGCCUAUCCACGGGAUGUUGGAUUUUGAGCGCAGGCGGCGUAAUCACCUACUCGGUUCGGGCAUGACCUCUGUGGGGGAUAUUCAUCCUCGGUUAAAGGCCUUCAAAGAGUCGCUGAUUGCAAAGGGCUGGAAUAAGAAUACGCCACUCUACUUUGUAAAGGUUGAUAUCCAGUCCUGCUUUGAUACGAUACCGCAGCAGAACCUUGUGCGGCUUGUUGAAAGCCUGGUACCCGAGGAGGCGUACCAUUACGUGAACUACGUGACCAUGAGGCCUGGGAAUGAGUUUGCUAGUAUGUGGCCGCAGGGGUCUGAUCAGUGCAAGACACUGCGCAAGUUUCUUGGAAGGGCGACGGCGACUCCAGAACACCUGGUGGAUUCUAUUGCUACUGGGGGUGUGCCCGGCAGGAGGAAUACCGUCUUUGUUGACACCGUCAAGCAACACGAACACAGCAGCGUUGCUCUGCUUGACCUUCUUGACGCUCAUGUACGAAGCAACCUUGUCAAAAUUGGGAAGAGGUAUUUUCGACAGCGCAAUGGCAUUCCGCAAGGCUCAGUCAUCUCUAGUCUCUUGUGUAACUUGUUUUACGCAGAGAUGGAGAGAGACGUUAUGGGAUUUCUGCAGUCAGACGACGUCACGGUCCUGCUUCUGCGUCUUAUAGACGACUUUCUACUAGUCACGCCAGACUCUGGAGUUGCGAUGCGUUUUCUACGUCUAAUGCUCAAGGGCCAACCGGCGUACGGCAUCUCCGUCAACCCAGCCAAGAGCCUGGUAAAUUUUGCAGCAUCUAUAGAUGGCGCACAGAUCCCGCGGCUGGUAGACACAACGCUCUUCCCGUAUUGCGGCAGCCUGGUGGAUACACAGACACUGGAGAUCUUCAAAGAUCAAGAUCGCAUCCUCGAUGGAGCCGAGUCGGUCACUGCGGCCCUUACAAACUCCCUUAGCGUCGAGCCAUCGCGCGCCCCGGGACGAUCCUUCCAUCGAAAGGCCCUUGCAUCAGUCAAGCUUACUAUGCACCCAAUGUACCUCGACACGGGCCACAACUCGCAAUCUGCAGUGCUCUCAAACCUCUACUCCACAAUGGUCACGGCCGCGAUGAAGAUGUACCGAUACACAAGGUCACUCCCGAACCAGGUGCAUCCCCGACCCGAGGUAGUGGUUCGGACAAUCCGCGACGUGAUCCAGCUUGGAUACCGAAUGGUUCGGGGUCAACGCGGCUUGUGUGCAGCCACAAUUCAGUAUUUAGGGGCGGCGGCGUUUCACCUUGUGUUGGGGCGGAAACAGACUCGGUAUGCAAGUGUGCUGCGUUGGCUGGAUGGAACCAUGGAAAAGGCGCGGCAGAACCUUGCGGACAACGGCGUCUUGCUGGUGUUGGCACAGGUAGUGCGGAGAGGGAAUGUCACGUAUGGGGGGUGGCGUUUUUGA